AACAAACUGAGCGCUAGUGGAAUUCCCCAUAUCCAUAUGUCUAAUCGAAAGACAGAGCUAAAUCAAACGAAUCUCAGCAUCUUUCGAGCAACGCACGUAGGAAUUAUUAACGGUAUUAGUCAUCGGAACAUACAGUAUUACGAUACACUCUAAUUGUUAUUUAUUAUUGAUUGUAUAAAUAAUGGUGAAUAAAGUUUCUCCCCUAUCCGCUACUCAGAUGGCAAUCUGGCGAGGAAUGUGGGCCUACGAAGAUGAACCAAGACUCAGCCGAGUAGCGCGUAUGCGUACAAUGGACAGACGGGACUUCCUGUCCGGUUUGAAGUGGGUUUGGGCCUGCAACGGAGCGGUGCCUUCGCAGGCCCUAGUCGGCGGCAAGCUUGAUGGGCAGCAGUAUUACAUUGGGAGAGCGCACCACCAAGGUUCGGUGACACCUGGUAUGGUCAUACCGAAGCGCAAGGCUUGCUGCAUCGCUUGGGGUGGAGAUGAACAUGAUAAAGAUGUAUAUGAGGUGCUGUGCAGCGAUGGGAGAUUUGUACCGGUAUCGGAACGGAGCACUGGAAAUUUGCUUAAUGCAAGUUCAGCCGGAAUAUCCGAGGACGGAGAGCCUCUGUUUAUAGGAUUAGUUCAACAUGAAGGAAAGUUAAUUUGCGGGAAAGUUCAACGAUCUCACGGCGUUUGCUACAUUGGUUACAAGGGACGAGAAAUGGGAUUCAGCGAGUAUCAAGUCUUUGUUGGAAUUGCACCUACUCCGCUCGAAAGUCACUACUGGGUCAUGUGUGACGAUAGUGACAGCGAUGUUCCAGCGGCUGCCACCGUCGCAGGUUCGGAUACCAAUGGUUGUUUAUACAUUGGUCGCGCAGGUCAUCGCGGAUCUUGCACGCCAGGAUACAUCAGUCAGGCGACGCGAAAAUGCCACAUUGCUUGGGGAUCGGAUGAGCAUAGGAAAAGUAGGUUCGAGUACCUAUGCAAUUGUAGGGCACGGUUUGUGCCGGGGCGGGAGAAUUUUAUUCCAGUUGGUGCUGUUGGAGGCGGUUAUUCGGAAUUUGGAGAGCCACUGUUCAUAGGACGCGUGCAAGUCAAAAAUCGCUACAUUGUGGGAAAGGUUCAGCCCACGCACAAAGUGUGCUACAUUCCCUAUGGAGGUAAAGUAAUUGCUCAUGCAGAAUAUGAGAUAUUAGUAUUAGAUGAUUACACAAAAUCGUCGUGAGUGUCAAACUAGACAAUAAAAGAAUGUGAUUGUUA